CUAGUUGUUUAGUAUAGUGAGUGAUAUGAUUAUGGGUGUGUUGGCUGUCAAAAUCUGAUUAUCUCCGUUAAAGUUAAGAACUCUAUGAGGUUUAGUUCCUUAUUUUGGUGUGAAUAAUUAUGAAGUUGGAUGUUUCUUACAUGUGAGAAGAAAUGUUUCGUUGUAUCCCCAUUUUCAAGGGAUGUAAUCGGCAAGUCGAAUUUGUUGACAAGCGUCAUUGCUCACUCCAGGCUGUCCCUGAAGACAUUUUAAGAUAUUCACGAAGUUUGGAAGAAUUGCUACUUGAUGCAAAUCACAUUCGGGAAUUACCCAAGAAUUUUUUCCGACUUCAUCGUCUAAGAAAACUAGGACUAAGCGACAAUGAGAUCCAAAAGCUACCGCCCGACAUUCAAAACUUUGAAAGCCUUGUUGAGCUUGACGUCUCCAGAAAUGAUAUUCCAGACAUCCCUGAGAAUAUCAAGAACCUCCGCUCCCUACAGGUGGCAGACUUCAGCAGCAAUCCCAUCCAUAGGUUACCACCAGGUUUCGUCCAGCUGAAAAACUUGACAAUAUUAGUACUUAAUGACAUGUCCUUGACCAAUCUCCCUCCAGACUUUGGAAGUUUAUCAAGUUUGGAAUCCUUAGAGCUUCGGGAGAAUCUUUUAAAGUCACUUCCAGAAUCUUUAUCACAAUUGACGAACCUAGAACGGCUUGAUCUGGGCGACAAUGAGAUUGAGGAGUUGCCUCAUCAUAUUGGCAAACUGCCAGCCCUACAAGAGCUUUGGUUAGAUCACAAUCAACUUCAACAUUUGCCUCCAGAAAUUGGCAAUCUAAGGAAGCUCACAUGUUUAGACGUAUCAGAAAACAGAUUAGAAGACUUACCAGGGGAGAUUGGUGGCCUGGUUAAUCUGACUGACCUUCACUUGUCUCAGAACAUGAUUGAAACACUACCAGACGGUUUGGGCGACCUGGUCAAACUGACCAUUCUAAAAGUAGAUCAAAAUAGGCUUGCUAGUCUAAAUCAAAAUAUUGGCAAGUGUGAAAAUUUACAGGAAUUAAUAUUAACGGAAAAUUUUUUAGUAGAACUACCAUUGACUAUUGGUAAUCUAGUUAGGUUAACAAAUCUCAACGUGGAUCGUAACAGUUUACACAACCUUCCAGUUGAAAUAGGAAAUCUAUCACAACUAGGAGUGUUAUCUUUGAGAGACAAUAAACUAUCGUAUUUGCCUGCUGAAGUAGGAAACUGUAAGGAGCUACACGUUCUUGAUGUUUCUGGGAACAGGUUGCAGUACCUGCCGAUGUCUCUGGCGCAGUUGAACCUGAAGGCUGUGUGGUUGUCUGAGAACCAAGCGCAGCCAAUGCUCAAGUUCCAGACCGAUGUGGACGAGGCGACAGGAGAAGAGGUGCUUACAUGCUUCCUACUGCCUCAACUGGAGUAUCAAGCAGACACUACGGCAGGCAAGACCCUGUAUCAAGACUACGUUUUAUCACCCGCAGAUGGCGCUCAGGAGAGUGACGAAGAUGACAACUGGCAGGAGAAGGAGGCCUCGCGCACUCAUUCGGUCAAGUUCAGUACGGAAGACGCGGAGUCAGAUGCUGGCAAAGAGUCAACACCAUUUGUCAGACAGAACACACCCCAUCCUAAAGAGCUGAAGGCCAAAGCUCACAAGCUUUUCAGUAAAUCGAAAAGUAACGAAAGCAGAGAAUACACGGCUGAGGAUGCGGAGGAAAUGAAAAGCAUGUUUAGGAACGAACGAUUGAACUCAAGUGAAGUCGAACAACUCACAGACCAAAGCUCUUAUUCAGAUUCUUAUCCUAAAGAAGUGGAGCAGAAAGAGGUGGCAAAAGUGGUUCAAAAUAACAACAGUCCAGCUUUGAUUCAACAUGAAAUGGAAACUCAUGAAAAUAACCAAAUAGACGAAGAGGAUGAAACUGAAAAUGAAUCAGAACAGGAGCGCCAUGUUGGUUUUGACUCAACCGCUGCCAAGGGGGGCAACCGGCCCAACCGUCUACAUCGCCGUGACACCCCCCACCAUCUCAAGAACAAACGGAUCAACCAGGCCGCCGCACUUGACAGGGACAAAGUGGCCGCUAUAAUCGCUAAUGCCCUCAGCAAGCAGGAGACUGUGUCACCGCAGCAGCCAGUGUCACAAGUGUCGUCUGCCGCGUCUGUGUUCCCCACGCCUCCCGGCUCCACACACGAGCUGGACAGCACAGGUGUGGAGGUGGCAGAAGAGACGACAGAGAUACGCCUGGAGCGCAGCGCAGGUGGUCUGGGGCUCAGUAUAGCUGGCGGCCUCGGUUCAACCCCUUUCAAGGGCGAUGACGAGGGAAUAUUCAUCUCUAGAGUGACUGAGGGAGGGCCUGCCGACCUAGCGGAUCUCAGGGUUGGAGACAAGCUGUUGUCCGUCAACAACCACUCCCUGGUAGGAGCUGACCACUACAAGGCUGUAGAGGCGCUGCGCUCGGCCGGACACGCACUCACUCUGGUCAUAUCUCGUCAAGUCACUCGUCUUGUGCCCCUUCCCCAUCCCAAGGCGGGAACAGCAGACUCUGCAUGUUCCAGUCUCAGCACGAGUAGAGCGCCGAGUGCUGCGUCUCACAACUCUAUCAUCACCUCCGGGUUUGAGAGCGCCUCGGGACUCAACGGGCCUGUGGACCAGAAGAGUGCUAAGGUUAUCGAGCCUAAAGACUACGAAGUGAUCAGACAAAUGGUUCACACCACUCUCAUCAGAGACCAGAACGGACUGGGCUUCAGUAUAGCUGGAGGCAAGGGAUGCCCUUCCUUCCGGGAUAAAUCUGAGGCGCUAUACAUAUCAAGGAUCACAGAAGGUGGAGUGGCUGAUAGGAAUGGCAAGCUUCAAGUGGGAGACAGGAUAGUAUCUAUCAACGGUGUAGACAUGGACGGUGCCAGACAUGAUCAGGCUGUGGCUAUGUUGACCAGUCUGGAGCGCUACAUGCGUCUAGUGUGUGAGCGAGAAGUGAUUGUCCCUCGCAAUGCUACCAACAUGACAAACAACAAGACAGCUCCCAGUCCUGUGCUCAACAGCUUCGGAAAACCAUACCCGGUGCAACACAAGGCGGAGACGACAGUUGCAAAUGUUCAAAACGUGCCGAGGCCUGCGCCGCGUAAACUUACAUCUACGUCGAGUGUCACUUCAGACACAUCUGAGCCUCAGCGCCCAAAACCUGUGACCAAUGAGGAAUUUCAAGCUAUGAUUCCUGCCCGAUUUCUUCCGAAAAACGAGAAAUCAACGGCCGAACCUACCACUUUGGUCACGUUAACGAUUAAAAAACCGGAUCACAACUUGCCUAACGGCAUAGAAUUCCCCGAGGCACCGACCACGCUCGGUAAAGUGACGGAAACCAUAACAAAAAGUACUUUGACGGAAACUGUAGUGACGAGGGUUACAAACAACCAAUUAGUGGCUCCCGUCAUAAUUGAGGACGUGACCCUGGUCAAGUCCGGAGGCUCGUUAGGAUUCAGCAUCAUCGGAGGAACAGACCACUCCUGUGUACCCUUCGGAGUCAACAACUCAGGCAUAUUUAUAUCUCAUGUGGUGCCUGGAGGUAUAGCUCACAGCUCGGGCAAGCUGAGGAUGGGAGAUCGUAUCCUGGCUGUCAACGGCAAGGACAUCUCUGGCUGCUGUCACCAGGACGCUGUCAUGGCUCUGCUAGAGGCUGGGGAUGAGAUAACACUCAAGAUACAACACGAUCCGCUACCUGAGGGCUUCAUGGAGCUGACCCUGGUAAGGGAGGAUGGGGAGAAGCUGGGGAUGCACAUCAAGGGCGGCCUGAGAGGUCACCGUGGCAACCCUCUGGAUAGGAAUGACGAGGGAGUGUUCAUCUCCAAGAUCAACUCUGGGGGAGCUGCUAAGCGAGAUAAUAGACUCAAGGUUGGAAUGAGGUUGCUUGAAGUGAAUGGAGUCUCUUUGCUUGGUGCUUCUCAUCAGGAAGCAGUCAAUGCAUUAAGAAACUCUGGAAAAGCAAUACAUCUUGUUGUCUGCAAAGGCUACGACAAAGCUGAAGUGGACAGACUGUUGGCAGAAGGCAAGAUAUCCAAGGACAAGUCCGAGAGAUUAUCUCUGUCGCAGAGCGUUUCCAGUUUAGACCGAGAUGACGACUCGUCUGACACUUUCAAACAGGAACUGGAAAUGAAAAAGGAAUUGGUUGAAUGGGAAGAGGAAGAAAGAGAGAGAAAAGAAAGCAUGGAAAUAGCUGAAUAUAAGGAAAAGGAGAAAACAGCUGGUGAUAAGGUGAUGGACGUAGUCAGGGCCGCGGAGUUGUUGGCCGCUCAAGGACAACCAGAGACUCCAAAGAGUCCUGGCGGUCCGUUGUCUGCUGAAACACUCAAAACUACUACUAUUGUCAUGAGUGGACACACGCUCGCACCAAACCCUCCACUCUCGCCUGAAGCAGUGAAAUCCGUAAAGGUCCCCAAGACACCUCCCUCCACUCCAGUUCUGAAUCAAUCCCACAAGUCUCGGCUGCCUAUUGCUACCCAGCCGUUGUUGAGAAAUGAAACUCAUCGUUUAACUUCCAGCCGCACUGAAGGCUUAAUUACAGUACCUGACAAAUCUGGCAAGGAAGCUAAUGGUGCUGGAUCAAGCGGCGUCAGUGAGUCAGAAUCAGCGACUGAAGAAUCAGAAGAAAGUACUGAAAGUUCUUUCGAGUAUGACAACCCCAAGAACGGCAAUGUCGAGAGUAAAGAAAAUUCAAUAAGCUUUGACAGUUCAAUAGCUCACCAAGUUCAAACUAAAAGAACUUUUAGUUCUGAAGAUCUGAUGGAAGGUUUAGACGACCAGAGGAAAAUCAAGAAGGAAUAUGUAUCAGAGUUGAAUAUACAAGUUUCUCCAAAAACAACAUACUCACCUAUUGUGAGGAGCUCAGAAAGAAGUAUUUCCAUCGCUCCAAAUGUUGUGAAAUCCACUGAAGACUUGUUGAAUGAUAGUCCUUAUAAGUUAACUAAAUUACCAUCUUUUCACAAAUCCUUGGAACAUCUGUCUAACUUACAUUUUAGUACAUACCCUAAGGUCAAUACACCAAAAGAGGACCCAGACACAAAUUUGACUUUGCCAAGAACCGGAAGAAGUGUCCGCUUCGAAGAGACUCCUAGGGUUAGGAAUAUCAUGGAAGUGCAUACGUCAAAGGAGAAAUCUGAAAAUUCAAGUCUAUCAAAGUCUAUGCCAACUUUGACUUCUCCUUCAGAGAAAAAAUUGCUCACUUCUUUCACUGAGGUCCCUAGUCCGAGUUUUGUUGAAUACACCAACAUUCAACCGCUGUAUGCUCAAUCACCUGUACAAACUGUGUCAGCUUCGUCUCAAGUUUAUCUACCUCAAGACGCUUACAGAGUUUCAGCACAACAAUCACCAAACAUUCCACACAUGUUCCACGGACAAGCUCCAGUUGUUCCUAUAAUAUCUAAUGGAAUCGCCUACAUACCUGUGCAGAUGUCAUCUCCGACUGUGCCAACUUAUUUUCCACCUAAUUCGUUUCCGCUGUAUUCACCGACAACAGCUAAAUACCUAAGGGAGUUUCCACAGCAAAAUUACCCAACUCGGUUUCCAUAUCCUCAACCAAAGCCACAUUCAAAUCCUCAUCAACUCAUUGGACCUGCCAGAGCGGAUGUCGGGAGGUCCUCAUCUGAUUUUAGUAGCUUGUCAGUCUCGUAUCCGAGUCACUUGUAUUAUAAUCCACAGAGUGUAGCUGAUAAUAAUCCUCAAGAACCUGCUAGUUUGAACUCAGGCAAUGUUCCACAGCUAAGUAAGACUUCAAGUUCAAAAGAACAUAAACCACCAGAGUCUACAAGUUCAAACAUAAAUCAUGUCUCACCACCAAAAACCUCAUAUGAACAUAAACCUCAAGCGCCUACAAGUUUGAACAUAGGUCAUGUCCCACCACCGAAAACCUCACUAGAAAAUAAACCUCAAGCACCUACAAGUUUGAACAUGGGUCAUGUCCCACCACCAAAAGCCUCACAAGAACAUGUCCAAAGUAGUAGUUCCACCAAUGAAAACCAUAACGAACCUUCAUAUCAACCAGUCUACCAAAGUUCAUCCAGUAUAAAACUUUCCUCCAAAACCCCGUCAACUCAUACACAUUACUUUAAGCAGCAAGAAAUGUCUAAGGAGAAAGACACUGAAUCAAAAUCUACAGUACUAGAAAAAAAUGAGUCAAAAUCUACGAUUUCUACCCAUGAAACGGCUGAAAAUUCAAUCUCAAGUACUUCUUUGAGAUAUUUUACUAGAAAGGAGAUGACAAAGUCAAAAUUACCAAGACCGAUUUCUGAAAGUUUUUCGCAGAGAAAAGUUGAAGAGUCGGCAAGAUUAGCUUUCUUGAACAAAAGCUUGGAGACAAUAAAUAUAAGUUCGGAAAACAUUUCAACCGACCGAGUGACAGAGGUAAAUGAAAGCAACAAGCCAUCCCUACCCUCCCCUCCCCCUACUCUUCCACCAGUCAACUAUGCUACUCUCCCCCAUAGUUCCCCCUCCCCUUCUUGGAUGGAGGUAUUUGUGGCCACACCACCAUUGCUUGAGGGAUAUGGGCAACAAUCUGUAUCUACUCGGACUCUACAGCAGGGCAAUCAACCUCCGGCCGCAGUCUCAGCCAGCUCCAACGCCACAGCCACCGUUAGUGACAAGAAGAAGUUUUUUGAGAAAGCGAUGGAAGAGUCUACUCAUCCUUCCCCUAAACCAGAGAGAGUGUUCACCUUUUUGAGUCAAGAUGAAGUAGAAAAAAUGAAGCAGGAAGAAGACAAGAAGAUUGCAUCCCUAUCUCUGACCAAGACUGAGAAACAUUAUAGUCUAACAACUGAUGAGGAAGAUGUUGCCAUGGAAUUGGAGAGUGAUAAGCGAAGCUCCAUGUCGAGUCCUACAGAUACUCUGAGAAGUAUGGGAAGCAUCAGGACCGCCAAGGCUGAACGAAGGAUGAAGGAGAGAAUGUUGCAAGAGGGUCUGUUAAGUGAUGAGGACGACGCAGACUUGUCUCCCGCAGAACAGAGAGCUCUGAGGGCGGAGAAGCGAGCUGCAUGGCGACAGGCUCGGCUCAAGUCUCUGGAACAGGAUGCACUACAAGCGCAGAUGGUGAUCAAGAAGAUGAGUGAAAUGAUCGGUGGACGAACAGUUGAGGAACCAGAAAAUAACAAUCAGCCUCCUGUCGACCAUCAGAACAACAUAGCUGAGUGUCUGAGACCAUCCAGUGAUGAUUUCCCCAAGCUGUCCGUGCGUCACUCGCCAGGGCCAGUGCGAGUCCGAGAGUCAGAGCGAGUGGUCGGAGAAACAGUCACCACCAAGACGGAGGAGUACACGGACGAAGAGACCGGCUUGGUCAAAGUCCGCACUGUCGAAAUUGUUGAGAAACUCAUUGAGAAAGAGGUGGAAACGACGAGAGAGAAGAUAAUCUCUCUAGAACUGAGCACCCCGGAACCCCUAGAGGGGGAAGGGGAGGAAGAAUCGGAGCAUUCGGCAACCUCUCCUACUUCUCCGCUACCUCCCACCACUACGUCCGAGGAAACGACGACCAAGCGACGGCGAAGGAAAAAGUCAAAGAGGGGCAGCCAGUGAAGAUCCAUAUCAAAGCUCAGCAGACUCAGUUAUUUGUAUCCCUCUUUGUUUUAAUCUAAGACGUGCAUCUUCCAUUAUUUAAUCCAUUCCCAUACUAAACAUAAACUAUAUAUACCGUUACAUUCACAUUCAUAACUCUAUGAAUCAUGUAAUAUAUAAAUUAAUUUAAAGUAUUUUAUAAUGCAGGUGUUAUAUUUUAUAUGUAAUUUUUAUCCUACGAUGUUGUUUUAAUGUAUAAUUUUAUGUUAGCAUCACAGUACGGUCGGUGAGUUGGAGAGAUUUUAUUCUUGUUUUUAAUUGUAUAACGUCUUAUUUAUGUUGUGGAUUUGUAAAUGGCGAUUUUCUACGCAUUAUUUAUUACUGACUCGAUGUGAUUUGAAUUUAAAAAUCCUUGCAGUAUUUCGAGGUAAGAUAAGGAUUGUGUUUGAACCAUUGUUAAACAGCACUGAAAAGAAUUAAUUGAUUUGAUUAACUAUUUAUUUAUUGACUAACCACCAAGCACUUCAGUUAUUAAUGUAGACAUUUGUAACUCACGUAAAUUAAUACAAUAACUAGAAAUUAAGUUUUUGUUACAGAAUGAAUUUAUCAUUCAUUGUUGAAUUAAAUUCUUUUAAUGUGAAAAUGCCUAAAAAGAAUGGCUGGGACUUAUUUUUUAACUGUAUUUGUAUAGUUUACUAUAUAAAAACUAAUAAAGUAUUGGGUAAAGUAUUUAACUGUAAGUAUUCAUCUUCAUAAAAUGUAUAAACAUUCCUAUGUAUUUAAGAUAAUUUAAUACAUUUUUUAUAAUAAAUUGUAAACAAAAAUAUGUUUGACUACUAUAAAUUAAUUAAGCUUAAGUAAUGUCAUGAUUAUUAAACAAUAUUACCUCCUAAGUUUAAACUAUUAUGACUUUAUCAAUAACAAAUAAAAAUCUGAUUAUAAACUACAUAGACCAAGUAAAAAUCUGCGUAAUUUCCCUUUUUUGAAAGACAUUUUCCCCUUUCUUCUUUAAAAAGAGGUGCAAUAUUAGUUAUUUAUUCAAUCAUUGAAUACAACACCCCAAAAAGAAUGCAAAAACAAUUGUUUUAUAUUUUUUAGCAAAUUUUGCCUUUAGGGUAGAAUCUAUUACCUUAGGGUGCAUGCUAAUACCUAGACCCUGGACCGAUUUACUUUUAUCGUUUUGAUGUCCUCAGAGGCCAAAAAAAGUACGGUAUUAGUUCAAGUUGUGUAACUAAUGGUACAGCAAAGAAUUUAUUUGUGUGCAAAAAGCAUGAAAAGUAUUAUUUUUAGUGGUGUUGUAUUCAUAAACUCUUGUCAUGACACAUAGUGAUAAAUCAAAAUGCAGAAUAAUUUUUUCAUGUAGAUAAUGUUAUGCCUAUCAGUAACAUUUCACAACUACGGGUGGGUUAGACUUCUUGUCGAAGGUAAGCGGUUGGGCUUUGGUUGUUGCUUUGCUGGGGAUCUUAACUGGUAAUUCAUCUGUUCUUACUUACUAGUUAUUUACACUGCACGCUACAAUUCAUUCAAUGUGGAAUGAAACUGUCAAAUGGAGUCGAUAAUGUCUGUAUAUUUCUUUUAUUUGACUAAUUAUAAUUUCACGGAGAAUAUGAAUAUUUUUCUCAAUUUACUCUUCAUUUUCUACCUGUUGUGAAUCAAAAGCCAAAAUAUUCUACCCGACAACGUGCCUUGACCAGAAAUGGGUGUUUGUAGCUUCCAGUGUUCAUAGCUUAGUAGCAUCAGUGUUAAAUGUCUAAAUUUAAAAUUUUUGUAAAUAAUCUAGUAAACAGUUUAAAUCGGUGUCGAUAUCUAGUUAAAAAUAAGGUUUUUUAUCAAUGUCGAGUGAAUUAAAUAUCUACCGUCCAUUAUAGGUUCACUUUGCAGAUAUGUUUAGUUUAUUCAUGUACUAAACGUUUCUUUGGAAUAAGUAAAUGUAAUGUGUAUUGUGAUUCAUUUUCAAAUGUAUUGUUUGAAAAUGUAAUUAAAUCAUUACAAAUAA